AUGGUGAAGCUUGGCAAGUCCAGUGGGCGAGCGAAGCUGGCGGGCACCCUGGUCGGCCUCGGCGGCGCGAUGCUAGUCACCUUCUACAGGGGCCCUUCGAUCGGGUUCAUGCACCGGCUCGCGCGCACGGCCGGGCUCAGAGACGCCGCCCAUGCCCAGGCCCACCAGCACGACGACGGCGACGUCCUGUUCCACGGGACGUCGUCUGCCGCCGCCCGGACGGUGGGCUCGUUCCUCGCCAUCGCCAGCUGCUUCAGCUACGCCAUCUGGCUGUCCAUCCAGGCGCGCGUCGGCGAGGUGUUCCCGUGCCACUACUCCAUCGCCGCGCUGGUGUGCCUCUUCGGCGCGGUGCAGUCGACGCUGCUCGCGCUCUGCUUCCACAGGGACGCGCCGCACUGGAGGCUCGGCCUCAACGUCAGGCUCUACUCGUCAGCCUACGCGGGCAUCGUGGCGUCGGGCUUCGCGUUCCCGCUCAUGUCGUGGUGCCUGCGGAAGCGGGGGCCGCUCUACGUGGCCAUGUUUGGCCCGCUCAUCAUCGUCUUCGUCGCGGUGCUCAGCUCCAUUUUCCUCGACGAGACCUUGCACCUCGGGAUGUGCGUAGUACGCGAUGCCUGCGCCCUUGCUUGCUGCUGUGCCUCGCCUUUACUUUGCUUCUCCCGUCUCUGCAGCGUGCUCGGCGCGGUCCUGAUCGUGGCUGGGCUGUACAUGGUGCUCUGGGGCAAAGCGAGAGAAGCACAGGAGAAAGAAGCUGCUGCUGCACCUGCUCGUGCUGUGCCCACGGAUGAAGAGCUGGGCAAGGAAUCCACUGCUCCUCCUGCUGCUGCUGCCAAUGGUGAAACAAAAUGA